GGAUGGUGUAUUGUUGUCCUCUCCCCACCCCCUCACUUCCCUCCUGUUAAUCCUCCAGCAGCAGCAGCGCAGUCAGGGAGCAGCGACGGAGGCCAACAAAGCACUACUUGGAAAUCAAUUGGAUAGAUUUUAAACCAACUAUUUGUCUGUUUCUUGUCUGCAGCUAUGGCAGCGAUCAGGAAAAAGCUGGUCAUAGUUGGAGAUGGAGCCUGCGGGAAGACCUGUCUGCUCAUUGUGUUCAGUAAGGACCAGUUUCCAGAAGUCUACGUGCCCACAGUGUUUGAGAACUACGUCGCUGACAUUGAAGUUGAUAGCAAACAGGUCGAGUUAGCUCUCUGGGAUACAGCAGGUCAAGAAGACUAUGACAGGCUGCGCCCACUCUCCUAUCCAGACACUGAUGUCAUUCUCAUGUGCUUCUCCAUCGACAGCCCUGACAGUCUUGAGAACAUUCCUGAGAAGUGGACUCCGGAGGUGAAACACUUCUGCCCUAAUGUUCCCAUUAUCCUGGUGGGAAAUAAAAAGGACCUGCGCAAUGAUGAGCACACUCGGAGGGAGCUUGCCAAAAUGAAGCAGGAACCAGUGAAACCAGAGGAUGGACGGGACAUGGCUAACAGGAUCGGUGCCUUUGGAUACAUGGAGUGCUCUGCAAAAACAAAGGAUGGUGUGAGGGAAGUGUUCGAGAUGGCCACCAGGGCUGCACUACAGGCCCGGCGGGGAAAGAAGAGCAGUAAAUGUGUCCUACUGUAAACGGGGGCACGAGGACUGCUUCCUACAGGGGGGGAAGAAGAAGAAGGAGCAUUAGGUCAAACCUACCCCCAAACACACCCACACAAAGGACUGUUCUCCCCCAGUUUUUACUAAAGGUGUAAUGCUUUUACUUUUUUUGUCUUAAGCAAAAGUAGUCAGGUUCUGUCAGUAUUCAAUUUUGAGGUUAUGGAAACUACUUUUUUGUACUUUAACAUGAGUAAAUUUGCCAUACUGAAACCUCCUUUAUCAACAUGUACUAUGUAAUCAAAGAGAUCAGCCAGGGGACCUGUUGUGUCAUACCUGCCAACUACAGUUACGUGCUUAAGCCCUGCCUGCUGAUCUGAGGAAUGUCUCCACAGCCAUCUAGGGUGAAGUACCUGUACACUGUGACCCAUAGUCCUUUAAUUAUUUCAGCAAACAGAUGCACACAUGAAGUCGAAAUUUGUUUGUGUGCUUCAGAUACAAAUCCAAUGUGCAUUAUGACCACAUGCACAAUAUGAGACUGGAAACUCAUUUUGUUAAAACGCAAAUGGAAACUUAGUGUUUUGUGUAAUAAAUUACUUUGUAAGAAUCUUGA